AUGCAGGCCGAGCUCGUCGACGGAGCCGGAAGGGCCGUCAAGCUCAAGGAGCUCAUCGACCGGGACUUCAAGACCCUCAUCAUCUUCAUCCGCCACUUCCAGUCGGGCUAUUCGCAGCGCUACAUCGAGCGGCUCUCCAAGAUCGCCAACGGCGAGCUUGUGCCCGCACCCGCCCACAGACAGAACCCGCAGGAUGUGUCGAGCCUCUCGAAGCGCUCGGCCUUGGCCGACGGCCAGGACGAGCGGCAGGCCGGCCAUUGGAUCCGGGCCAACGGGGUCAAGGUGGUCGUGAUUGGGAACGGGAACUACCAGCUGAUUGACAGCUACCGCACCAUCUUGAACUGCCCCUUCCCGAUCUACACCGACCUGUCCAAAGACCAGAAAGUGUACAAGCUGCUGGGCAUGCAGAAGCUCAAAGACGUCAAGCUGCUCCAGCAGGCCCCGCAGCAGCAGCACCCGCCGGCCAGCUUCCAUAUCCAUCCGCUCGCCUAUCCCGCCCUGCCCGGCGGCGCGAAGAUAGCCAGCAUGUGGUAUUGCCUCAAAGAAUAUUUGGUGAUGUCACAGAUAAUCUAA